UCAUUUUUUUAGACCUUUAUCUCUCCUCCAUUCCAUAGGGACUGCAGCUGGGUUGCUUUAUACAAUAAGUCCACCUGCACUUCGUUAAAUAGCACAACUUCAACAUGCCACAGAGCAAGAUCACCACAAUGACUUAACAGCAUUCAUAGAACAACGUGACUGGGAUAUUUUUUUCUCCCAUUUCAAGGUCUUUUUUUUUUUCAGCCCUUGUACCACAGAGAAUCUGGCAGUCAGUUACCUCCUGACACAGUUUCGAGCAUAUAUUGGUCAUUUCAGACCCUUACUUUAUCUGCUUUGAGAAUUAAAGGAAGCAGCUUCAAGACCCGGAGGCCAGAAAGUAAUCCUGAAGAUGAAGGUACACCAGAAAGCAGUACCGUUCUUCUUGGCAUUGAUUGGAGGCAUAGUUUGUCAGGAUUAUUAUCAUGAAAUGCGAUAUCAAGAGGAAGAUUAUUCUUUCUCAGUUUAUGGGCCAUCUUCACCUAACUGUGCCCCGGAAUGUAACUGUCCUUACAACUAUCCCUCGGCGAUGUACUGUGACGAACUGAAACUGAAAACUAUCCCAAUGGUACCGGCCGGAAUAAAGUACCUGUAUCUUAGGAAUAACAUGAUCGAAAGCAUUGAAGAGAAGGCUUUUGAAAAUGUCACCGAUCUCCAGUGGCUCAUCCUGGAUCACAAUCACUUGGAAAAUUCUAAGAUAAAGGGAAAAGUCUUCUCCAAACUGAAGCAACUGAAGAAACUGCAUAUAAAUUACAAUAACUUAACCGAAGUGGUGGGACCGCUUCCCAAAUCGUUACAAGACCUGCAACUAGCCAAUAACAAAAUCUCAAAGAUCUCGUCUAACUACUUGGAUGGACUGGUAAACUUGACCUUCGUCAACCUACAGCGCAACCAACUGAAAGCGGAGGCCAUUUCCGGGGUUUUCAGGGGCCUGAAAUUGCUUGAGUACCUUGAUUUGAGUUUCAAUCAACUGACAAAAUUGCCUACUGGACUUCCAGCUUCCAUAAUGAUGCUGUACUUUGAUAACAACAAAAUCAACAACAUCCCUGAUGAAUAUUUCAAAGGCUUUAAUGCGUUACAGCAUUUACGCUUCUCUCACAAUGAGCUAUCUGAUGCUGGAAUACCUGGCAAUACUUUUAAUAUCUCUUCCCUCAUUGAGCUGGAUCUCUCCUACAAUAAGCUAAAGAGCAUCCCAACCGUCAAUCAGAAUCUGGAAAACUAUUACCUUGAGGUCAACGAAAUUGAAACGGUCGCAGUGAGCAGCUUCUGUAAGAUUCUUGGACCGUUCACCUAUUCCAAGGUCAAACAUUUGCGGCUGGAUGGAAACAAAAUUAAAAGGUCUAAUCUGCCAUCUGAAAUGUAUGAAUGCCUCCGCUUAGCCAAUGAUAUCACACUGGAGUGAGGCCGUGAAUUCCUGGCGAAGGAACAUAGCCUUACAAAACAAUAACCCAAGAAUAAUUUCCUCUGGUUAGGAUUUGAAAAUCAAUUUACAAUUUGCAUAUUAUUCAUUUUGUAUGUUGCUACGUAGUGUGAAUUUGAUGAUCUGUCUCAAAAACUUUUGUGAUCGUCCUUACCAACUUUAUUUGAAAAAACACAAAAUUUCAAGUUUGUUUCAUCAAAAAUAUUUUCACAUACAUGAACGAGCGUACACACACCUGCUUGUGAGCUGUAAAGAGCUAUAGAAAUCAUCAAAAUGUCAUUAAAAUGAAUGGAUUUGGCUUAUAUGGAAUACGGUUGAAAUGUAGAAAAUUAUUCAAUCACUAAUUGAGUGUUUAUAUCCGAUGUUAAAGUCAAUCCAUCUUAUUCACUUUUAGAUUACAUUUUACAUUAUUAAGAGCCAAAUCUGGCAUCAAUGUUUAAGAUGGUGACUAAAGACAUUUUCUAAAAGGAAGUAGUUAUUACAAAAACUGAAACCACAAAACUCCACAUGGAUGAAACGGAAUUUUGAUUAUUUGUGUCUUUUGUUUCUUUUUUUUUUGGUAGUUUUUACAUGUACACUUAAAUGGUGAAAUUUUUCUCAGCUAGAAUCAUUAUUUCACUGUAAGUUAUGUAUACAUGUUUCUAUUCAAUUACUUGCAUGCUGCGUUUAACCAGAUCAUAGAAAAAUAAAACAUAGAAAAUAGCAUUGUUAUGUCCAUAUCCUUGUGGACUGCAUUUCACACUUUUAUAAAUUUAAAGAUAGGUCAUUAUUUCACAGAUAAUUCUAAGAUAUUAUAUUUUGCAAAUUUUAAUGUAAGGUUAUCCAGUAAAUAAACUGUUUUCUGUAACAAA